AUGGAGCCCUUUGAUCCAACUACCCAUCCACACAGACGUUAUAAUCCGUUGACCAACACACACGUUCUCGUCUCACCCCAUCGCACCAAACGUCCUUGGCUAGGUCAGACUGAGCCCGCCGAGCCUUCGAACCUCCCCCAGUACGAUCCCGCAUGUUACUUGUGCCCUGGGAAUACUCGUGCAGGCGGCAAGGUGAAUGAAAUGUACACUUCCACCAGCGUAUUCGAGAAUGAUUAUGCUGCCGUUCUUCCACCCCCUGGACCUGUCACACCUCCGGUUGCACAUCCACUCCUGACCGCAGAGCCAAUUCAGGGUGGAUGUGAUGUCGUAUGCUUCCAUCCACGGCACGACCUCAGUCUACCAACUUUAUCUCUGCCGGACGUGGAGAAUAUCGUGGAUGAGUGGACUCGCGUUUACAUCAGGAGGGGAACUGAGCCUGGCAUCGAAUAUGUGCAGAUAUUUGAAAAUAAAGGUGCAAUGAUGGGUUGUUCCAACCCGCAUCCUCACAGCCAAGUUUGGUCCCUUUCCACCAUACCUACUCUCCCCGCGAAGGAGCUCGCUUCUUUGCGUAGCUAUGCCUCGGCCCCCCACGUACCCUCUGGCGUUCCAACGGGGCCUGACGGACGUGCGUGCCUGUUGUGCGAGUAUGUGCAUCAUGAGCUGUCUGUUCCAAAAGACGAAGGACGCCUAGUCAUCACAAAUGAGCACUUUGUUGCGCUUGUGCCGUGGUGGGCGUAUUGGCCCUUCGAAAUCAUGGUACUCCCUUACAAACGCCACAUUUCGUCCCUUGUGCAUUUUACAGUGGAUGAAAAGCACGCAUUCGCAGAUAUCAUGUCGCGCGUGACGAAGCGUUACGACAACAUAUUCUCCUGCUCAUUCGCCUAUGCGAUGGGCGUCCAUCAACGACCCCUCCCCCCACGUCGAGAUGAUGAUGGGAUGUAUGUACAAGAUGCAGAUGAUGUCUCACAUCUGCAUGUGCACUUUGAGCCCCCGCUCCUGCGGAGUGCAAGCGUGCGCAAAUUUUUGGCAGGUUUUGAAGUGAUGGCGGAACCGCAGAGGGACCUUACUGCAGAGCAAGCUGCUAAGAGGUUGAGAAAUUGUUCUGAAGUUCACUACCUCCAUGCUGUGCACAGUGCGCAGUAA